CUCAGCAGCUACCCUGACCCGGGCCACGCCAACUGGAGGGUUCGGAGGCCACACUUGAGGCCCAGGCGGGGCCCAGGCGGGGCCCAGGGCGGAAAGAUGGCUGAUGGGGGCAGCGACCUCAGCACCAGGGUGUCUGCAGAAGACCAGAGCGUCGAUGACAGACUCAUCUAUGAGACUGUAUUCAAACACUUCAAAAGACACAAGGUGGAGAUUUCAAAUGCAAUAAAAAAGACAUUUCCUUUCCUUGAAUGCCUCCGUGACCGUGAACUCAUCACCAAUAAAAUGUAUGAAGAUUGUCAAGAUUCUUGUAGAAACCUGGUCCCUGUACAAAGAGUGGUGUAUAACGUUCUAAAUGAGCUGGAGAAGACAUUUGACCUGCCACUUCUAGAAGCAUUGUUCAGCGAGGUCAACAUGCAAGAAUACCCUGAUUUAGAUCACAUUUAUAAGAGCUUCGAAAAUGCAAUCCAAGAAAAACUUAGUUACCAAGAAAGUGAUGGAGAAGAGGCGGUGAACAGUCCUAAUAUCCAACUGAGCCUUGAACAAGGAACUGGUGAAAACUCAUAUCGAAGCCUGACCUGGUCGUGCCCACAGUCCUCAUCUUACAACGGUACAACCCUAUCUGAAAAUGGACUCUCGGAGAACCUCUGUGAAACAGAACAGAUAAAUGCGAACAGAAAAGAUACGAGUGACAAAAAUGAUGCACUAGAAAGCCAAGAAGCAAAUAAAGAGUGUGCCCAAGAGUCUGAGCCAGCAGAGUCCUGUGAACAAGCACCUAUCCACGUGAAUAAUGGAGAUACAAGAGAAGAGACACCCAGCACAUUGCCCUGUGAUGAAGAAAGAGUAGAGCUACCAGGCCAUGGGAUCCAAAUAAAUUCCUGUUCUGUAUAUCUGGUGGAUAUAAAGAAGGAAAAGCCAUUUUUUAACUUGACAGUUGAUCAGCAAGCCCAAGCGAGGACUAACUGUAACCAGGCCUCUGACAUAAUAGUGAUCAGCAGUGACUCUGCAGAAUCCAGUGAUGGAGACGAGCCCCCAGAAGCCUCCACGUCAGCACUGGAAGAUGGACCUGUGACCAAUAACCUUGACUCAUUAGAAUCAAGGAAGAGAAAAGAGUCCCAAGAAGCUGCCUGCUCACCACUCCAUAUUACAGUAGUGAAAAAAUUUGAUGACUCUUCAGAGUCUACUGAAGAAGAAGAGCUCCCAGGAGUCUUGAGCUCAGCACUGAGAAGUGAUCCUGAUGAGGAGGAUCCUGCGCACAUUGGAAACAAAUCUAUUUGGGGGAUAAACAAUAGGAAAAGACGGAUCAGCAGGGGUGACUUUUCAGAAUGGAGCCACACGGAAGAACCUCAGGAAUCUUCUAGCUCAGACCUAAGAAGUGGGUCAGGAGCAGAGCCUCAAGGACUUGGAAAUAAGAAGUGUUCCUGUGUCAUGUGUUUUUCAAAAGAUACCAUGGAUAUUGGAAACAGUUCUACUUCGGGAAAACACAAUGAGAAAAUAAGAAAAAAGAGAAGAUAUAAACGUAAAAAAAGCAGUCUCAAAAAAGGCACAGUGAGGAGAUACAAACGUAGAAUCCAAAAUCUGAGUAACAGAGCUCCAAGGAAAAGAGGCAGACCAAAAGGGAGAAAAACAGUCAACACUGGGCCUUUGAGAAGAGUCAGAAAAAGAGGUCCAAGAAUUCCCAGAGAUACAAAUAUGAAUUUUCACCUUCGAAAAGUUCCUGUGACCUGUGGAGAGGCAAAGGGGAUUUUAUAUAAGAGAAAAAUGAAAGAAGGAAUCGCACAGAGGUGUAUAAAGGGUGAGGACGGAAGGUGGUUCACCCUCAGGGAAUUUGAAAUUGAAGGAAACCACGGACCAUCCAAGAACUGGAAGAUGAGCGUGAGGUGUGGUGGAUUCCCCCUGAAACAGCUGAUUGAGAAUAAAUUUCUACCAGACCCACCAAGAAAAAGGAGAAGAAAGACUGUCCCAGAGUAUGGGAGAGAUGACCCUUACCCGGAAAACUCAAAUGAAUGUGAGGUGUGCGGUGGACACGGGAUGCUGUUCUGCUGUGAUACUUGUUCAAGGUCCUUUCAUGAGACAUGCCACAUCCACCCUAUAGAUGCUAAAAGGGACCCAUGGAGUUGCAUCAUCUGCAGGGUAAAAGCUAUUAAGGAAAGGUACCCACAGAGCCAGGUAUGUCACCAGGAAUCAGAGGUCCUGAAGAGGCGGAUGCUGCCUGAGGAGCAGUUGAAAUGUGAGUUUGUCCUUUUGAAGGUCUACUCCUGUUCAAAAAGCUCCUUUUUUGCCUCAAAACCGCAUUAUGGUCGAGAGGCAUCUCAUGGCCUGAAAAGGCCCAUGUGGCUAAGCAAAAUCAAGAGAAAGCUGAAUAUGAAACUGUACAUCCGAGUGGAGGGGUUUGUGCAGGACAUGAGCCUCAUCUUUCAGAACCACAGGGCAUUUUACAAGAACAACCAGAAAUUCAUCAGACUGGGCAGUCAAGUAGAGGACGUAUUUCAGAAUAAUUUCAGAGACACCUUUGCAAUUCAGGAAAGAAGCGAGAACAGUUCUCAGUCGGAGCCCCCUCUUUUAUAAAGUAGCCCAUCCCCCCCUUCCAUCGUUAGCAACUACACGAUAAGGCGCUGUGGUCAAAAUGUGAACAUUUUGCCUGUUGCUGUGCAAAAAACUUUUUCAAACAUAUUUUUUUGUUGUCAUUUCCACUCAUUUAUUUUUCUAAAUAAAAUCUAAAAUUACCCUGCCGA